UGUACAUGCCCAUAGACUUAGAAGUCAAACGAAAAUCCCUACCGCACCGCGUACACGCGGUACACGACAGUUCAAUUAUUCAGCUAGCUGGCCUCCCGACGGUCUCGAUUUGAUCUUUAUCGUCUGAUCUGGGAAAUUUCGCUAACUGUGCUUGUUGUUGGAGUCCUUACUACAACAGCUAGUGAAAGUAGAUUAUCUUGACUCGAGAUUGGCCCCCGCUGAGACUUGUCUGAAGUCGCGAAAAUGUCUGCACCAGGUGAAUUCAACGCCGAAAAGCCACCAGCAUACAACCAGGACUACCCUCCUCAACAGGGCUACCCUCCUCAACAGGGCUACCCUCCUCAACAGGGCUACCCUCCUCAACAGGGCUACCCUCCUCAACAGGGCUACCCUGCACAGCAGCCUGGGUAUCCUCCACAGGCAGCGUACACCCCACAGCAAGGUGCUGUAGUCACGACUACCCCACAGAGCACGGUCAUUGUCCGGACUACUGGCAUCCAGCCUAAUGACCACCUCAUCUUCGCGAUCAUCGUCACUUUGUUUUGCUGCCUGCCCUUCGGGAUUGUUGGCAUCAUCAAAGCCAUGGACGUGAGGAAUCGCUGGGCGGCAGGGGACGCUGCGGGCGCCGAGGCGGCUUCGAAGGAGGCUAAGAAAUGGUCCUUGGCCGGCCUGAUCACCGGUAUCAUACUUGAGGUGAUCGGUGUCGUCAUCAUCAUUGUUUACUACGUCGUCAUUGUAGCUUCCUUUAGCAACUUUUAUGGCUAGCCUCGUGCUCCAGUCACAGAUCUGUUUCCAUCACAGGUCUGCAUUCAUUAUGGUUGUAAGACGGCGAACUAAACAGUUAUUAUUUUUUUUAAAGAUUCCUUUAUAUAUCUGAGUUGAACUGUGUCAUGUCAUUCUGUGACUAGUAUAUUCACUGUAACAAACCCAACAUAUGUAAAUAUUAUCCGGAAAGUUGACUCAUUGCUUCAUUGUUAGUGAUUUACAAUACUGAGAGAAAAACAGCUCACAGUGACAAAGAGACCAGUCAGCGUGUGUGCCGAAUACGUGAAAAUGGAAAGUUGCUCAUGACGCAUGAGCAUUCAAGGACCCAUCAAAAUUAUACCAUGAAAGCUGACAGCUUCGGUACUCCCAAUGAGUCCAUUAUAACGGAGAUCAAUGGGCACUCUAUACUGGUAUUGCUGACGUCAUCAUUUGACCUUUCCUUUUUUUUCCUCUUUUUACUGAGACUCAAACUUGUAACAUCUGUUUAUACUGUAUAUAGUACAGAGCAUUUCUAGAUAGUAAACCAGUUUGCUUACCCUACCUUAAGGGUUUUUAUUAAAAUGUAAUGGAAAAAAUUAUAGUAUACAUUAAAGUGGUACUCCCAGAGGCUGAAUUAGAAUAAUGUGUGUUAUCGGUCGAGCUAUUUGAUUUUAAUACGUACUUUUCUCAUCUUUCAGCCGUUUUUUGUAUAGUUCAAGUUAGGAAGAUCGCAUUGCGCGUAAUUUGCUGCGCACCAGCUCCAAAGGUGGAUCCAGGGGGGACGGGCCAUUCCCCCUCAAAAAAAGGGGGCUAAUAAUUUUGUUUUUUAUCUGAGUGAUGACAGAAAGGCGAUAUUUUUGUCUAUUUCGUGCUCCUUUCUCUGAAAAAUUGCCUAGGCUAUAACCCCAGCGAGGGUGAAAACUCCGACUACCGGUAGUUUAGGCUGUGUCAACCCAAUGUAGGGGACGGAAAUUAAUUUCUGGUUUGUUUUAACCAAACAGUGAUUAAUAUCCACUCAUUUUGUGGAUGACAAAUGAAACAGAAAGUACUUCUCAACCCAAAACUGGGUGAACACAGCCCAUAUUUGGGUAGUUGCUGUUUUCACCCUUCCUUGGGUUAAAAUUGAGCCCGGGCAAUUUUUCACUUUAAGCAUGUGCUGUUGAAAUGCCGCUCUGGUUCAUCGGAACUUUUCGUUUGGUUUGUAUGUGAAUCGAAAGCGCCACGGGCUUUUAUUGGGCACACCGACCCACGUAAUCGAAUUUCAGGAUAUGAAAACUGGAGGUUCUGGUUCAUCAUCUUCAAAGGCCCUAUAGUCUUGGAUCCAAGACCUGCCAUAGUUCAUUCCACGACCGCGACACCAAUCACAGGGCGCCAUCUUUGUUUUCAAUUCCAGCCUUUGUGACGUCAUCAACUUAUAUGAAUAACAAUAGAAGGCUCUAACGAAGCUGUUGAUUGGCUCCCCAAGAAGUCGGGGGAAACCAUGAAAAAUAUAAGCACUAUAUAAAAUAUACGUUUCUUAUUGGGAAGACACUUUGGUGUAAAAUUAUAGCCAUCCGCGAAACAAAAAGGUAACUGAGUUAGUUUAUUUAUUUUCACCCGGACCCAUCUCUUGGGCUGGGACCUUUGUCACUUUCGUAUAUUCAUAUAUUUUGUUCUAUCGCGAACACUUCACCAGCGGUUUCAUUUGUCGCCGGAAUCAGCAUGCGCAUGACCAGCAAAGAGUCGUCGGCAACCGGCGCGCAGUAAUAAAAAGAGUCGUGUAGUUGUUGAAAUAACGCCAUGGCUUGCUUUGGGUCCGUGUUGACCUUCGGGGGGGGGAAGUUGGAACCUGGAAAUGGAAACCAAUAUUUCUUUCCAAAAAUACCGAUGAGGGUUUUCUGCAGUACUUCUGAAUACUUAGAAUCCACGAGUUUCCCUUUGUAGUAAGAAUUUGUCAUGUUCUAGGCAGAAAAUUGAUUAAUCCGUUUGUAUACUAAUAUCUUCUUCUUGUAAUCUGUUAUCGUUGAUGUUGUACUUAAUUGUGUAAAUACCUGGAAAGCAGGCAUUAUUUCUUUGAUACAAAGUGUCCAGAAAUUGUAAUGCGAAUGUUGCGCUAAUUGUUUUAUUCCCGCAAAACAAAAAAAGGAAAUCUAUAGCAGUAACAGGAAUAUUUGUUUUUGUCUUCAUAAUUUCGUUUUCCUCACUGAUGUUUUGAUUUAAUUUGGGGGAGGAGUUGUGAAGGAAAACGAUUCACUUGCUCUAGUUGUCUUGCCUAGUGCGUUGUAUAUCUACUCAGAUUUGAACGAGAUGUUUAUGCUAAUCAGUAAGAUGUAACCUUUGAAGUAGAAUAAAUAGCGAAGGUCUAACCAGUGAUUUUA